AUGGUCCAGUGGUUCGAGAAGGCCAGAAAGCUGUGGGUGGAGGCAGGGUCAUCAAGAAAUGAGACAUUGAUAAAGCUGGCUGAGGACUUCUUUGAUGCACUGAUGGUUGUUCAUGAAAGUUGUAAAGAAGGUACAUGUGAAGUUACAGAAGCUCUGCUUAGUCACAUUGGCAAACUGGCCUCCGAUGGCCAAAUAAACAUCAUGAUCCAGAAAGAGGCAGCAAGGAAACUCAAUGCUAUUCUGGCAAAGAUUCCCAUGGAGCUGAAAAAGAAGAAGAAGAUCUUGUCAUCUCAAGAGGGCUCGUGUAUGAUGAAUAACGUGGCCAGUCGAAUCCUUAGAGGUGGAGAUUAUGACCUGCAGGUGUCUUUAAUGGAGGCCCUCUGCAGAAUGACUUCACCAGCUCAGAGGAAUGAAUUAGCUGACUCCUGGUUUACUAUGACUUUUGUCUCCUCUGCAUUCAAGAAGUUGAAGGAUUCUGAGUUUGAGACUGACUGCAGGAAGUUUCUAAAUAUGGUGAAUGGCAUGCAAGGAGAUGGGAGAAGUGUGUACUCCUACCCUUGCCUGCAGGCAUUUUUAGACAAACAUGAGCUGCUCAUGCCAGAGGAUGGAAAUCUUGAAGCAUUCUGGAUUGACUUUAACCUUGGAAGUCAAUGCAUCUCUUUUUACUUCUGUGUGACUGAUAAGGAUGCCCAGGAUGGCCAGUGGAACACUCUGUGUAUUGCUGACGAUGAGGUCCGCAGUUACACAGUAGAAGAGGAGAGCGGCAGAAAGACUCUCCAUCUGGUUCUGACUGAGCCUGUCAACAUCGACAGCUUAGAGGGCUCCAGAGUCUCCAUCAAAUUCAGCUCUUCUCUAGACAUCCUGCGAGCCACUGAGAAUGUUUAUGGUCAGGCUAAAAACAGGGUGAGGUUACUUUAA